AUGGAAAGAAAAGCUUAUGAGGUAGUUGUGGAAGACGGGAGAUUCUUCUACAGGCACAGCGGAGAAGUUCUUGAAACGUCUGCUGUGGAAGAUAGUGAUUCUAAAUGGAUAUUUGUGCUGAGCACAUCGAAAGUGUUGUAUGUUGGGAAGAAGAAGAAGGGUACGUUUCAACAUUCAAGCUUCUUAGCUGGAGGAGCUACUGUUGCCGCAGGAAGAUUAGUUGUUGAAGAUGGUCUUCUUAAGGCUGUUUGGCCACACAGUGGACAUUAUCAACCUACAGAAGAGAAUUUCAUGGACUUUCUCUCUUUCCUCCGAGAGAACAAUGUCGACAUCACUGAUGUUAAGAUGAGUCCUACUGAUGAAGACGAAUUCUCUAUUUACAAACAGAGAAGCACUCAUAUGAGAAACCAUUCAUUGGAAGACAAUUUGGAAGCUGAAGAGACCAUUGUCUUUCAAACUAAAGCUGACCCAAGAGAAGAAGAAACAACUCCGGUGAUGGCUUAUCCCGAGACACCAAAAAAGAUGGAAUCAAUCCUUAAAAGGAUCAAUUCAAAGAAGGAAAGUAGGUCUUUCCAACUUGGGAAACAAUUGUCAUGCAAAUGGACAACAGGUGCAGGACCAAGGAUCGGUUGUGUAAGAGAUUAUCCAUCAGAGCUUCAGUUCCAAGCACUGGAACAAGUCAACUUGUCUCCGAGAAGUGCUUCUGUUUCAAGACUCUGUUUCUCGUCGUCAUCGCAAACGCAUACGCCUCAGAUGUCACCGUUAUGGCGAGGAAUGUCACUACCUGAAUAUAUCACACAGUCAUAA